AUGAAGAUAAGACGAUUUCUCUCUCAGUUUGGUGGCAGUAGGCGGCAAACUCAUAUCUCUUACUUUAUCUCUCUCUCUUUCUCUCUCUCUCUCUCUCUCUCUCUCUUUCAUUUAUUAUUUUAUAUCUCUUUCUUUCUCUUUCCCUCUCUCUUUUAUUACUUUCUUCCUGGCAUAACCCUCCCCACCCCCAAUGCACCGCCCCAGCCAGCAAAGGUGUCUAUCAAUCGAUCUCGGCCGACAUUUGCCGUAGCUGAGAAAGUAAAAUUGAUUUUUGCCUUCUCUACUUACGAAACCACCAACCUGUUAGCAACAAGGUUCACCCCUGACACUUGUCAUUCAAAUUCAUUCAUUCAUUCUUCUUCUUCUUCUUCUUCUUCUUCUUCUUCUUCUUCUUCUUCUUCUUCUUCCUCUGCAGUUGCUUCUCCUUCAUUUUGUUACGUCUUCUUUUUUCUUCCUGCUCCACAUCCUUUUUUUCUUCUUCUGCUUUUGCUUCUUCGUUUUCUUCUUUCUUUUCUUUCCCUUCUUCUUAUGCUGCUGCUGUUGCUUCUUUUUCCACUUCUCCUCAUUUUCUUCUUCUUCUUCUUCUUCUUCUUCUUCUUCUUCUUCUUCUGUUGCUCCUCCUCUUUCUGCUGA